AUGAAUCCUGCCCAGCUGUUGAAUCCAAAGGCUUUCGCAAAAGGGAAGGCAAUGGCCAAUAGAAGGACACAGAAUAAUGCGGCAUCGACGCCAAACAAUGCGCCCCCACAACCCAUGACCUACGAUCCGAAAACGCUUCUCAAUCCAAAAGUAGCAGGCAGCAGUGAUGGCGGAAGUCGCGGCGCCACUCAACCGGACAGCAAUGCCUCGACCACCGCCAAAGAUGAAAGCGACGACAUCAACUUCGGCAUCAGCAGCAUGAUCGAGAACCUCCACAAUACCCACGAGCGAGACGACGCACCAGCGCGGAAGCGCAAAGCUCAGGUCAUUGAAGGUAUUACAGAUGAUCAACGCAAGAAAGCCAAGGGUCAAUCGGUGCACAGUGGCAGCGGAGGCAUGCUGUCCAGCCACCUCAAAGAAGAACGAAAGCAAUUCGCUAAUGAUGCUGGUGACACCAUUGAUCUGACCAAUGAUGAUGAUCUGCAGCCGCCUCAGAGCAACGACGAUGAAGUUCAAUUCAUCAAGGACUCUGGCGACGAUGAAGUCUGUCUUGGUAUCCUUCAUGUCAGCUGCAACGUGUAUAUGAUCCCGUACACGUCGGCAGGUGGUGCUGCGAAGGCUGUAGGCAAAGACCAUUGGCCAGCCAUGGGAAUUCAGUUCGUCCGGAAACCAGCGUCAAAUACCGUCAUGGAGUUGAUAGACCGUACCGCGGCGAAAUUUGCUCACCUGGAUCCUAGGGUAGCGUCGGCAUUGUGUCCGCUCGCGGACGGCUCGAAGAUAAACAAUAUCAGAAUGAAGAUGUUCCUGCCAGCGCGGCCGAAGAGGCAAGGUGAUUACUGUGGGAAAAGGGUAUCGCAGAACAUCAAGGUGGAUGUCACACUGUUCGGCCGUCGUCGGAUGUCAGAUCGCAUUGGCCAAUUCCUCUCGCAGAAGCAACUGUACCUGAGUUCGCCUGUAACCAACGUCGGAAAGCCAAUCGUCAACCCACACGACAAGAAGCCUGUCUCCUUCUCAAAGCAGCCUGGUACGAUUCUUGGACCUAGGCCGCAGCCCUCGAUUCAGGCCGUAGGGCGUACUAUUGAGGAAAUGCGCCGGGAGGCGAGCAGCAUGUUCGAUGGCCUGGCGAAAGCUGAAGAUCUGCCUGAGAUGGAAGUGGAUGGCACCAUUAUCAAGAGUCCGCUGAUGGCGCAUCAGAAGCAAGCGCUGCACUUCAUGAUGGAUCGCGAGCGCGAUGGCUACACUGACGACAGUCCAAGCCAUUCGCUAUGGAAAUAUCGAAGCAAGGAUAACGGCAGGCCCUCGUGGUACCACAUCAUCACUGAUACCGAAGUGUUCGAGCAGCCUGAACCAAUCCAAGGAGGCAUCCUUGCCGAUGUCAUGGGCCUUGGUAAGACUCUGAGCAUACUUGCAUUAAUUGCAGAGACACGCGAGGCCGCGAGACGCUUUCGGCGCGAGGAUCCUCCUGAUUCGGAGUACCUCGAAUGCAACAGCAAGGGAACGCUCAUCAUCUGCCCGAAGUCAGUGCUGUCCAACUGGCAAGAACAGAUGAGACAGCAUACCGUCGAUGGAAAGAUGCGACACUACACCUAUCACGGCGAUUCCAGGAUGCAGGAUACCGAACAGCUUGCAAAGUACGAUAUUGUGCUCACGACUUAUAACACUGCCGCAUCCGAGUUCAGCAACAGCGGCGGCGCCAGCACGAAGUAUACUGCUCUGCGAUCCAUGAAAUGGUUCCGCAUCGUUCUCGACGAAGCGCAUUCCAUCCGCAACUCAGCGACCAAGAUCUUCAAGGGAUGUUGUGAGCUCGAGGCUGAGCGGCGCUGGGCAGUCACCGGUACGCCAGUGCAGAACACGCUUAACGAUCUGGGUGCUCUCAUCAAGUUCCUGCGUCUUAAGCCAUUCGACAACUUGACAACAUGGCACCAAUACAUUAUGGCACCUUUCAAGAACGGCGACGUCGAGGUCAUCAACAAGCUGCAAUUGCUUUCAGGCAGCAUUACGCUUCGUCGACUCAAGAACACCGUCGGUCUGCCCGAGCGUGCACAAGUGCGUGAACGCUUCGAAUUCUCUAAGGCCGAAGCUCUGCUUUACCGCAAGUUUGCUGCAAAGACUCGCACGCAGUUCCACACACUUAGCGGUGGCGGCAACAAGUUGCAGGGCAAGUCCUACGCACACAUUCUCAAGUCACUCGGUCGUCUACGUGCUAUCUGCGCCCACGGGCGUGAGAUGCUUACUGAAGAUGACAUGAAGGAUAUCGACGGCGACGAUCCCGACAACGCCAUCGUGCUUGACAUCGGCGACGAGCCCGAUUUUGAGUCCGAGACCGACUUCGUCACAGAGAAGCAAGCUUACGAGUACUUCAAGAUGUUACACGAUGGCACAAUGGCAGUUUGCCAGUCAUGUGCGGAUCACCUGCUUCCCCUUGAUGGGCAGGCUCAGGAUGAACUCGAUGACUCUAGUGACGACGACGCAGAUUCGAAUGUCGGAAGCGCGGAUACCUUCGACGGCAAGCCCAAUCUGUUCGGUCACCUCACGGCGUGCUACCACUUCAUCUGCACGAAGUGCACAAGCAAGCACCAGAAGGAAGUGCAGGAAAACAUGUCGGUCGACCAGCAUCACGUUUGUCCACACUGCACCAACUAUGUUCAGUAUGGCUUCUUCCCCCUGCGUCGCUCGAUCCUGGCACGAUUCAGCGAUGAGCGCAAGGAUGCUCCAGGUCGAGCCGGAAUUGCGAAGUGGGACGAGAACACGUACAGCGGACCUCACACCAAGGUCAAGGCGCUGCUCGAAGACCUGAGGCAGUCCGAGAUUGAGACCUCGCAACUGCCAAAGGGAGAGCCACCUGUCCGCUCAGUCGUCUUCAGUGGCUGGACUCAGUACCUCGACCUCAUCGAGUUCGCACUCGUGCAGAACAACAUCGGCUUCGUGCGUAUCGACGGCAAGAUGUCAGUCAAGCAGCGUUCUGAAUCACUCACCAUCUUCAACACUGUCGAGCACGUCCGAGUCAUGCUUGUCUCAAUCAAGGCUGGCGGACAAGGCCUCAAUUUUACUGCCGCCAACAAGGCCUACGUUAUGGAGCCGCAAUUCAACCCAGGUGUCGAACACCAGGCCGUGGAUCGCAUCCAUCGCAUCGGCCAGAAGAGAGAUGUUGUGAUCAAACACUAUAUCAUGAAGGGGUCUGUGGAGGAAGGCAUCCUCACAAUGCAGAAGAAGAAGGAAGAUUUGGCGAAGCUCUCGAUGGAGCGGAAGCGGAGCAAGGCUGAAGAGGUCAAGAUGCGAAUGGAGGAGCUCAAGGAUCUCUUCAAGUGA